GGGUUCGAGUCCAGGUCAAUCAACUGUGUUUUUUCAAAUUUUUCAAAUUUUUCGCUGAGAGCCUCAAUUUCGCGAUCCUCACCCACGUCUCAAACCCAUCGAUAUUGCCUCGCCACGUCGCUCAUACACCACUCAGAACACCCAGUCCCGGUGCAGCAGGUGCAAGAGAAAAUGCUGACAACUCGAUCGCUCGAACGAUCUUCUUUCUCCGUUUCGUUUUCCUGUUGGAGCCGUUUCCAGUGUUGAGAGUUUGUUUGUUUUGAAGUCGUAGCGUAGGAGCUGGGUUCACCCGAGGUCGUUUUCCUAAGGCUGCUGCUGCUCUUCGUCCUGUUUUCCUGGGUUAGUUUUUAGUUUUCUGUGCUUGCCUUGCUGGUCUAGUUUCCAAUUCUGCACAAAUCUUGCUGGACCGACGUACUUUGCCUUAGACCAAGGCGCCUUUGUGAUGCCAACUUUGCAUUGAAUAUGGAUCAACACGUGCAGUACCUUUCAGCUGUGUGCAGAAUUGGUGGGGAGAGAUUCUCGUCGCAUGCCAAAAAAAACAAGCAUGAAGCUCACGAAUACUCCGUUGGCAUACAGCAUGUCUUUGAGUGCGAUGUCACCAAGGAUGAGGCACACAUACAUCCACGCUACAUCUGUAGCCCUUGCCAUCAAGUUAUUUUACGUAGUGAGGAAAAGGGGUACAGGCACUGUGGUGGUGGCUGUGCAGGCAAACUUGUAGCUUGGGUGGCCCAUGCAGAGCCAGACUGUACGUUCUGCAAGAACAUGAAAAGUAGCAGCAAGGGUGGGAGGAAACCAAAAAAGAAAAAAAUGCCUACAUACAGUAGUACACAGCACUCUGCAUUGUCUUCGUCGGCUUCCGCGGCCGCGUCAGCUUCCGCAGCCGCGUCAGCAGACGACAGUGCCACAUCCACUGGCAUUGAUCUUGAAAGCAUGCAGGUGCUUUUGGACAUGGGGUCGCCUUCCUACAAAGCGAGCCAGGUGCUGUCACCUGAUCGGUUUCAAUUUAUUUUCCCUUCUGUUACAUGUAGCGUAUGCCGGCACGUCGCCGACAAUGCACUUACGACGCCUUGCUGUAGCAAGCUAGUUUGUGUGCCAUGUGUUUGGGAGCACCUCAGCACUACGCGUACCUGCCCUUCUUGCAUGUGUGACAUGUAUGCAUCUGGAAUGAGAAAGUUGUCAUCAUUUGAGCUGGAAUGUCUUUCUCAUCUGCCAGUGAGGUGUGACAAUUACGUGUCCUCUCUUUCUGGCUGCCAGCACAGCAUGAAACUGUUCUCAUUGCAGACGCAUAUGAAGGUCUGUCCUUUCAAUGCAUACAGUGGCCCUGCCUGUGUGACCAGGUCGACUACUGUCGCAGAUGUAUUGACAGCGUCACCCAGCAAGCUUCGUGGGGAGGCAGCGGAGCAUUUGACUACCCACUUGGUACAGUCAAAGUCCACUGAUGGUAGGCUAGAGUUACGGACGGGUGGUACCCCUGCUUUGUAUGUGCGUACAACGCAAGGUGGCAGUGCUGCUGUGUCUGUAAGGCAGAUGCAGAGGAGGUCGGCAGAAAUCCGACAGGCGAAAGAGGUAGUCUGUGGGGGCACUGUUGGUGUCGGUAAGCAAGAUGCCUAUGAGCUGCGUAGUAUGGGUCAGAUAGACCGUGAAAAUUUGCUUAAAUCUGCCGGUGUGUCUCCUUGUGCACCUUCAUCUCAUUCUGCCCUUGCUUUAAAAGCAGAUCUGCACAUGCCUUGGAACCAGCUGAGGAAACUGCGGAGGUGGCUCAAGUCCUUUGGGUGUGAGAUUGAGUCGGAGAACACCAUGCGGCAGCAGCUUGCGGCAGAGGUACCUGCAUUUUAUGCUUCCGAAAUGUGCCCUUUCACUCUUCCGGGUGGUGAUGUAGUUUCGUCACCAAUGGUUGUGGCAUGCAACCUCACAGAGAUUGUCCUUUUCUUCUUGGACCAGUACGAGGAGGCUGGUAUGCUUACCGACCAUGGUGUUAUCCCGCAGGAUGAGAUUUGGGUGAAGUUAGGGGGAGAUCAUGGGGGCGGGUCUUUCAAAUUAUCCUUCCAGGUUUGCAACAUUCCUCACCCAAAUGCUGUGAAAAACACCAUCCCUAUCCUUGUGUUCAAUGCAAAAGAUACCCCGGGCAACCUUUCCACUGCUUUUGCGUCACUUGUACAACACAUUGACAGCCUUGCUGCAACCACAUGGCAGAACAAGUCGUUUCGCCUUAUUUUGUUUGGCGACUACGAGUUUCAAACGACUGUUUAUGGCCUGUCAGGAUCUGCAGGAGUGCAUCCGUGUCUGCACUGCUUGAGUACAAAGCAACAGAUACAACAGUGCCCCGCUGAUUGGGAGCAGCAGCCAGAGCCACGCACGCUCGACACACUCUCACUUCACCAUGGCCAAUUUAUGGCUGACGGUGGGCGCUUAUCCAAAGCAAAGCAUUUCUACAAUGCCAUACGUCCUGCUAUGCUCUCUGUUCCUAUUGAUCAUGUGUGCCUGCCAGCCUUACAUCUUGAUCUCGGAAUCUAUUUAUGGGUCUUUGACUCCUUUGUCAAGGAGUGUAAGCACAUUGAUUUGAAAAUGGCAUGCGAGGUAGAAGUGAGUGAGGCAGAUUCAGCUGCCUUUAAAAAGCUGAUAGAAGAUCAGAAAGAAUGUAAGAAAAAAAGAUUAGAACUGGAAGAAAAAUCUAGUCAGCUUGCUGUCUUGACUGGCCAGAUGCAAUGGGUUGCUCUCCAUUUUGGCAAUCCGGAGCAGCAAAACAACCUCCAGGCUUUGGUUGGUAACCUCCAGCAUGCUGCCACGCAAAUGCAGCAGCAGGUCACAGCUCUGCAGGGUGACAUAAGAAAACACGAGCAGACCCUCACAAAUGCAAAGCUCGACAACGGGCCUUGCAACCAGUAUGUUGAGGCUGCUUUACAAAAGCACAACAUCUGCCGGCAAGUGUACCAUGGGGGUUCAUUUAUUGGCAACCAUGUCCACCACGCGCUUACAGACUCCGUCAUCACUGACUUGACCUCAUUCAUUGCAGUUGUUGAGAAGCGUGCACCCUCUCUGGCUGCUGAUGCUUCAGCUGUAUCCAGCAGAUACAAGCUGUUGUUCCAACAAUACGCAAAGUGUCACGUCGCAUUUUCCGGAACUUCAGCAGUCUCAGCAGAAGUUUGCGACCAGCUGCAGAGCGAUAUCGACAAGUUUAUGGUGUCAGUUCGUAGGGAGAUUGUUCCUCGUAGCCUUGGCCGGGUUACUCCAAAGCUGCACCUUUUGGAGUGUCAUGUAGUUCCGUUCAUGCGGAAGUUCAAAGUAGGUCUUGGGUUGCUUGCUGAGCAUGGGGCAGAAUCCAUUCACAAAGAGUUCAACACCCUUCUUCUCCGUCAUGGUGGCAUUGUAGAUCCUCUACAAAGGCUUCGAGUCACUGUCCAGCAGCACCUUAUCGCAGCUCUCCCCAGUUUACGACCUCUGGUCCCAGCUCCUCGCAAACGAAGUAGAAAGGAACAGUCCUGAAAUACUUUGUUUGCUCAGUUCAAUUUUCAGUGUAGUGCGUUGAUCGCGGGUGGUUGGUGGGUGAGUUGGCGUCAGUUCAAGUAAACGAACUGCCUCCAGCUUGCUCGUGAGUAAAGAGCAGAAAACUAACAACGAACUGGACCACCUGCUAUCGUCAGCAAAGGAGAACAGCUACAGCCAGGUAAUGUAUCCAUUAUCUUUCUCUAUCGUUAUUAUUUUAUUCAAAUCAGCUUCACAGUUUGGCGAUUUCGCUGCAUCUCUCAUUGAUUUGGCAUCAGUUCGAUCUCACAAACUGUUCACAGCUGGCCGGCAAGACGACGCGCGAGGCCAGACAACACAGGUACACCGAACAGGGCCGACUAUUAUCAGGAGAGAAUAAAACAAUUCCUUCAAACUUCAUCUUCUCACUCGAUGGAUUUUGAAAAAUUCCUGUUCGAAGGUACGAUCGCUUGGCCACGCUACCCCACGCGUACAUGUUACCAUGGGAUUCUGACGUACAGUACGCGCGUGCAUACAGCGCGUGCAGUGCAAAAAAAUC